AUGAAUCCUACCGUGCCGAACAGCACUGAGUGGGGACCGGUGCAGUGCAACUUCUACCACCACACGCGUGCCAACACAUCAGAUUUGUUUGUGUCUCACCGCACCACGGACACAGUCGGGCAGAUGUUAGUAUCGCUGAUAAAGGGUGAUCUGCUAACAUCGGCACCGUCCAAGCAGCUGCCUGUCUUCGGAAAUACUGUCCAUAAGGCGCCCUCUGCAGCCACUGGCAAGGCAGAACGAGGCACAGAGAUGCCUCACCAAGCUGCUUUAGAGGCGGACUACAGCUGCGUGGACAUGGAGGGUAAGUGGAAAGACGCCUCAAAGCUUGGAUCGUCUGUACCACGGUCAGCAGAAGCCCAGGAGGCAUCUGUGCCAACACCACUCUCACCACUAGCACUGGUGAGCCGGACAGAGACCACCGCUGCCGAAGAUGCAGAGGGUUCCCACUCACAGAAAGCGCUGCCGCCGUCCUCGCUGCCCAUCUCCGACGUCGACGUGUCUUCGUCAGACUCAGCAGCGUGCUCCUCCCCUCUGCCAACACGAGUGCCGCAGUAUGACUCCCUUGCACCCAUGAGUCCUUCACAAGGAGAAUUGGCCUCGCUCAGGUGUUGGCAAUGGACGGCACCACGGCACACCGUUGACAGCUCUUUCGUGCGCCGCCAGCUCACUCUUCUGGCGUACCGACGUGUGGUAGCGCUUCUCAACCCCCAUACGCUUGCCUGCGGCAGCUACAUUUCGAUGUUUUCCUCUGGCGCUGAGUACAGCCGACUCACUCAAUGCUUCCGCGCAGUGGCAGUGGCGAAAAAGGAUGUGGUGAGCUCGUGGGUGUCGCUGGCGCACUGCGCGGCACUGUGCAUUCUCCUGCCGCGCACAAUGGAUGAGAAGGUUCAGCUGACGAUGGCUCUAACCGGCAAUGCCGUGCCCGGCGAUAUCGCUGCCGAAGCGGGCAACCAGGGCCACAUCGAGUUCUGUCGCUCUGGUUCCAAGAGCUCCAGUGGCCCUACCGGGCCGGAUGUGUUUGCGCGUGUGAGUGAGGCUGUGCGUGGCGUCUAUGUGCACCGCAUCGCUGAGAAUGCCUUUGAACUUGGUGUGGUGAUGCACGGUGGUCAUCAGGACCCACGGCUGCUCUGCCUGCUUCAGUGCUUGUCGCACUGGUGUCAGGUUUCGAUUGAACACCGCAGUGUUGUCCUGCCCAUCUGCGCCUCCCUGCGCUCCGUCUCACUGCGCCUUUGGUGGAUGCCGCAGCACAGUCGCGUGACACCUGGCUCUCUCCUUCCACCCAUCAAGGCACUCGUGGAGGAAGACCGGCGCAUCGUCCUCACGGCUAAGAGCGGUGACGUUGCUGAGCGUGACGACAGCUCGUGGCGCACCCCGCCAGGAACGUUGUCUGCGGGGCUAGAGGAGGAUACCUAUCCACUAUUCCCCUCAUACGACGACGUCGCGCUUUUUCUUGCGCGUCCUGUAGCUUCGCAGCUACACGGCACUAAUGUGCUGCCUCUCCCUCACUCAUUUCGCGAGUACAUAAUGGACCGAGAGUGGAGUGACACCAGCAAGGCGGCAGGGUACCGUGAGGCGGGACCAGAUGAUGCCACAGAGCCACGAAAUGUCAGUGGGUGUGCGCACCGGCCCUUCUCUCCGGCGUCAGGGGUAAAAAAGCUGGUGCGACUCUCCAAUGGUGUGGUUCAGGCAACGUUGGUGUUUGCGGAGACUAGGGUGUCCACGGUUGGCGAGCACCUCCUCGCGGCGGAGAUGCAGCCGAAGGCCGCGUACCGCCCGUUUGUGCCGACGCUGUGCGCCAACGUGGCCCCGUUUCUUGUUGUUGGCCCGGAGGAAGCGUAA